AUGCCUCAAUUUGCGAAUUUUGUGAAGAAUAUCAAAGAUCAACAUGAGGAUAAGGAAGUAGUAAAUAAGAAAGGCCCUACUCUCUUAUAUGAUAACCUACCACCUAAGCUGCAUGAUCCUGGUAGUUUCACUAUUCCCUGUACAAUAAACGAAAAAAUUUUCGACAAGGUUUUGUGCGAUUUAGGUGCUAGUGUUAACUUAAUGCCUUAUUCAUUGUAUGAGAAUUUAGGUUUGCAAGGACUUAAACCUUCCUCUAUUUCUCUUCAAAUGGCUAAUAGGACCUCUACACUCCCUAAGGGUGUGGUUGAAGAUGUAAUAGUUACGGUGGGUGAACUUGGUUUUCCUGUUGAUUUUGUCAUCAUGGAUAUGCAAGAAGAUCAUCAGAUCCCAAUUAUAUUUGGUCAUCCAUUUCUUGCCACAAGUCAAGCCUUAAUAGAUGUUCCUAAAGGACAAGUUACCAUUAGGGCCCAGGAUAAACAAGUCAUGUUUAAGCUCUUUAAUGAACAUAAUUCUAUAUUGGAUGGUGGUACUUGCUUAAGAAUCAAUGCUACUAACCCUUUGGUUGAUAUGUAUUUGACAGAAAUUUCGUGA